AUGCCUGAGAAAUGGAAUUGCGAAGCAAUUGAAACUCAUAACGCUACACCAAUUCGAAUUACAGUGUGUACGCAUGUUCAUGUGGGAAUACCUGUUAUUAAAAGCCACAACUCAGUCGAACGGAAACUGUUCAGUACAAGCAGGGGAAUGGUACAACGAGAAUCGGUAUUGUACUCUGGAAUGCGACUGAUCCAACCAAAGAAUGCAAUUAUCGUAGAAUUGGGACUUAUGACGCUCAAAGAUACGAAAACCAUGUCGUCGUCCACAAGCUAUAAACCUCCCUUGUAUAUAACGGGACACCACGGAAAGAUCAGUCCCGAAGAAACUUUUGAUCCAGAAAAUGUGAAAUAUCAGUACAUAUUCGACAGUAUACAACUGCAGAUUAAUAAUGAGCUCAACAUUCUCAAUCAAAGAAGCUGCCAAAAUCGGAACAAUUUAUUUAUUAUUGCUAGUCGAGUGGUAUCACACGACAAUCCAACUCUGACUGCGAAGCUGAUAUUACAACGAAACGACAUCAUUGCAAGAAGAAUCAAUGGUAAAUUAUUGGUCGCUCCUUGUAAGUCUAAAGAAAUGGAAUCAACUACCGUCGAAUUCGAAGCCGAAAUAAUCAACAAAUUCGAAAAUGAAAGGAUAAAAGCAGAACUGGAAAUACUAGCUCGCAAACAUGAAUCAAUUCAACUGAUAUCCGAAACAUGA